CAAACGUGUACGUGACAUAGACUAUCGUUUGGCGAGCGGGUUUUAUACGGACCCGUUUUAUACCCACCCGUGAAACGUAAACUACUGACCCGGAUGUGUAUGGUUGUGCGGUCGCGAAUUGCAAGCUAGAAAGUAGGCUAUAUUUUAUUGAUUUAUGAUACGAGAAAGGAUACCCCGAAGAUUAUUCGUCAGUAUAAAUAGCGUUUGAUAACGAUGUCCAACCCAGCUCACCAAGCGUCGCCUGAAAACGUACAAGUAAAUAUGGCAGUGCAACAGCCCCAGAUGAACCUGCCACAAGGAGUGGUAGUUCCCCAAGGCCUCCCACCUGGACUAGCGUACCUUGGAGCUCUAGAUGAAGUUCGGAUUCAUCAACACUUGGAUGUACUUGAAGUGAUGGUUGGUUGGGAGAGAAACAACAAAUACAGACUCUGUAAUAACCAGGAACAGCAGUUCAUGUACGCUAAAGAAGAUACUGACUGCUGUACCAGACAGUUCUGUGGACCAGCCCGGCCAUUUGUCAUGGACAUUACAGAUAACAACAUGCAGCCUCUGAUUCGCCUGGAUCGUCCGUUUAGGUGUCAAGCAUCCUUCAUGUGGUGCUGCUAUUUACAGGAAAUGGACAUUCAGAGCCCCCCUGGAGUGUCCAUUGGAACUAUCAAACAAAUGUGGACACCAUGGAAACCAAAGUUUGAGAUCCUUGAUAGCCAAGGUCAGCAGGUCUUUAUCAUUGAUGGAGAGUGUUGUUUCUUCUGUCCCUGCACAGACAUCAUGUUCAAGGUAACAGAUCCGAACAAGAAUGAGGAGAUUGGAGAAAUCAUUAAACACUGGGGAGGAUGCAGGGAAAUCCUGGGAGCUGUUAAUGACUUCAAAGUGACUUUUCCUGUACAUCUGGAUGUCUUCAAAAAGUCUUUAUUGAUGGGUGCAGUCUUUCUCAUCGAUUUCAACUAUUUUGAAAGAAACAGAAAUCAGUAGAUGUGAAGUGAAGGAACAUCAGGCAUAUCAUAAGACAGAGUUAAAUCCCUAAUUAUAGUGUAAACAAGUAUAUAUUGUAGCAAAGAAUUUUUACAAUGGGUACAGGACAUGUUCAUAUCCUUUUAAUCAUUUCAUUUUGAUUAAGUGAUGUGCUCAUAAGAAAUGUUUAUUUUAGGUUUUAUAUUUUUAACAUAUGUACAUCAAGUAUUUAAUCUACGCAACGAGAUAUUUAAAAGCAAGUAUAGAUUUGUAAAAAUAUCAUUUUUUAUCUAUAAUGGCUUUGUUCCUGAACAGUUCAUCCUUCUAUGAGACUCGUUUGAUAUAUUUUCAUGGCAAAUUUUUAUAUACCUGUACGAGUUUUUAUCAAUACAAACCUUGUGUGUUGUAGAUAGCACAACCCUGAAAACCAUUGACAUAAACAUUGAUCUCCAUGUUAAGUACUAAGUGUAAUGUGAUACUAUUGAAUCAUUCCUUAUCAAUACAGCACAAAUAGUGAUCAACAAAAUACAUAAGUAGCUACCUAUAGUUACUGAAGUUGUGCAGUAUAACCCAGACUGAAAGCUACACGGAGGACAUUCUUCUCAACUGUAAAAUUGUUCAAGUAGCAACACAUUUCCCCAAUCUUGGUUGAAUCUCUACAAAUGACUUGUCAUCAUUAACUUUUGCAGUUUUUCUAAACUGUCUUGAUUUUGAAACAUGAUUUCCUCCCAAAGUUGUGAUUUCAGAUGACUUGUGAAUACCUCAUUAACUUACAGUGUCCUGUUUCUGUGUGUGUGUAUAUAUUGUGCCUGUCUCUGUUAUCUUUCAUACAGAAUUCACAUUCUGUGGAACCUGGUAAAUGUUACAUUUGCUGCUUUUUAAUCUGCAGAUUCCCUUAUUUAUAUUAUGGCAUUUUAUAACAUGUUCCGUUUCAUGGCUUUAAAAUAUUUUUAGAAUUGUUCAACUGUUUGUAUUCUGUAUUAAUUAAAAGUUUUUUUAGUCUA